AUGUCGACACAGUACUCGAUAGACUCGGUGAGGUCUUACAUGGAUGCUAUGAGCACCAUGGUUUCAGCGGCGCAGAACUUCAAAUUAGGUGAAAAUAUUGCUGUUGCUCCAGAAAUUGACAACGAGAUUGAAAAGUCGAAAGACGAGUCCUACGUGCAAUUGACUACGCUUUCUCAAGAUAGAAAUGAAUGGGAUGAUAUUUUCGAUAGCUUCGGUGAACUUUCCAGGGCCAACGUCACAAACGCAAUUGAAAGCGCGAUUGCUGAAGAUUCCUCAAGCGUGACAAAUGAAUUGAAAUCUUAUAUGAAGGGAAUAAACUCAUCAGAAAUGGAUGAGGAAACGCUGUUGGAAACGCUUUUGCUUCUGCUUCAAAGUGAAAAUCAGGACUCUCUUCAGAGCGAGCUUUUAGAUCUUUUGGGGGAUGAAAAUAUCGAGUUUAUUUCAUUCCUUGUCCAAAAUCGUGAGGAACUUAUUUCAAUACCACCCGAAGAGAUCAAAAUUGCUCUCAAGUUUGAGAACAGUGAUGGUGAUUUUCUCACUCAUCGCGAAAUCCGCAAACAGUAUUUAAAAAAUGCUAAAGAUGCCAAAAAUACCGAGCUCAAUCCUCUUCAAAAACAAGCAGAGUACCCACAUGUUUUCCGAAAAUCUGAGGUUGGCUCAAGUUUUGCGCUUUCUUUCACAGGUCAAAAGUUUGCCUUGCCUGUCGGCACAACAAGAUCAUCGUUUGCGACGCGUGAAGAAAUCAUAAUUCCGGCUGCCGAAGCAGGCCUGCGAAAUUCAAUGAGAUUCAAAAAUAUUGUGAUUAAAGACUUGGAUGUGUUUUGCACCUCAGUGUUUACUUACGAAACCUUGAAUGCAAUACAAUCCUUAGUUUACCCCGUUGCAUACGAAACAAAUGAAAACAUGCUCAUUUGUGCUCCAACAGGGGCUGGUAAAACUGACAUUGCAUUACUGACUAUUCUUAACACAGUCAAACAGUUUUCAGAAGUUGAUCAGAAGGGAAACAUUGAUAUUGAAUACGAUUCGUUCAAGGUUGUUUACGUUGCACCUUUGAAGGCUCUGGCAGCCGAAAUUGUCGAAAAGUUUAGUAAAAGACUUGCAGUUUUUGAUAUGAAAGUUCGUGAGCUCACAGGUGAUAUGCAGUUAACGAAAGCUGAAAUCCUGGAAACUCAAGUGAUUGUAACAACACCUGAGAAGUGGGAUGUCGUAACGCGCAAAGCAAACGGUGAUAAUGAUUUAGUCUCGAAAAUUAAGCUGCUCAUUAUUGAUGAGGUUCACCUACUUCACGAAGACAGAGGUUCCGUUAUAGAAACUUUAGUUGCGCGUACACUACGUCAAGUCGAAAGAUCGCAGUCUAUGAUAAGAAUUUUAGGUCUCUCGGCAACUUUACCUAAUUUCAUUGACGUAGCAGACUUUCUUGGGGUCAAUAGGCAAAUCGGCAUGUUUUAUUUUGACCAGUCCUUUCGUCCCAAGCCCUUAGAGCAGCAGCUUCUUGGCUGCAGGGGCAAAGCCGGAAGCAAACAAGCGAGGGAAAACAUUGAUAAUACGGCGUAUGAAAAAAUGGUGGAUAUGAUACAGCGUGGUGCCCAGGUAAUGGUUUUUGUUCACUCAAGAAAGGAGACAGUUAGGAGUGCAAGAAACUUUAUUUCGAUAGCCACUUCUCAUCAUGAGAUUGAUCUAUUCACAGAGGCUUCUUCAAUUCGGGAGUUUUAUCAGAAAGAAAUGACCAAAAAUAAGGAUAAAGACGUUAAGGAGCUCUUUCAAUCAGGCUUUGGCGUCCAUCAUGCUGGUAUGUCGAGAUCAGAUCGUAAUCUCACGGAACGAAUGUUCAAAGAUGGCGCAAUCAACGUCUUAAUCUGUACUGCCACUUUAGCAUGGGGUGUCAACUUACCUGCUGAUGUUGUUAUUAUAAAAGGCACACAAGUUUACGACUCCAAGAAGGGUGGCUUCACUGACCUGGGCAUAUCUGACGUUAUUCAAAUUUUUGGACGUGCUGGAAGACCGGGAUUUGGUUCUUCAAACGGGACAGGUAUCCUCUGCACUAGUAGCGACCGUUUGGAUGAUUACGUUUCCCUAAUAACACAACAACAUCCUAUUGAAUCAAAGCUAGCAACAAAGCUAGUUGACAACUUAAACGCAGAAAUUUCUCUUGGGAGCGUUACCAACGUCGAAGAAGGAAUUCAAUGGCUGGGCUACACAUACCUCUAUGUUCGCAUGAGGAAAAAUCCUUUUAGCUAUGGUAUAAACUGGGAUGAAAUCAGGGACGACCCCCAACUUUACGAAAGAAGAAAAAACAUGAUAAUAAGCGCUGCAAGAAGACUGCAUACUCUUCAAAUGAUUGUGUUCGAUGAAGUUUCCUUACAUUUCAUACCCAAAGACUUGGGACGCAUUUCGUCUGACUUUUAUCUACUUAAUGAAUCCGUUGAGAUAUUCAAUCAACUAUGCAAUCCUAGCGCGACUGAAGCCGACGUACUAUCAAUGAUAAGCAUGAGCAGCGAGUUUGAUAAUAUGAAGUUUCGAGAAGAGGAGGCUACCGAGCUAUCACGACUAAUGGAUAACGCUGCCCAAUGUCAGAUAGGGGGCGAAGUCGAGUCAGCUCAAGGAAAAACCAAUAUCCUGCUGCAAAGUUAUAUAUCGCGUACUCGCAUAUUCGACUCUGCUUUGUCUUCCGAUUCUAAUUAUGUUGCUCAAAACUCGAUAAGAAUUUGCAGGGCCCUCUUUUUAGUUGGUGUUAACAGGAGGUGGGGCAAUUUUGCAAAAGUGAUGUUGGACGUUUGCAAAUCAAUAGAGAAGCGGUUGUGGGCUUUCGACCACCCACUGUGCCAGUUUGAAUUACCCGAACCUGUCAUAAGACAACUACGAGACAAGAAUCCCUCCAUGGAAAGUCUACUGGAUCUUGAGUCAGAGGAGUUGGGAGAUCUCGUCCACAACAGAAAAGUUGGACACAAACUGUAUUCAAUUUUGAGCCGUUUUCCAAGACUUGAAAUAUCUGCAGAUAUUUUCCCAAUCACAACAAAUGUCAUGCGCAUUCAUGUGGCUCUCACUCCUGCCUUCAUUUGGGAUAUGAGAAUCCAUGGUAAUGCCCAGUUUUUUUGGCUGUUUGUCGAAGAAUCAGAUAAAUCACAGAUUCUACAUGUUGAGAAAUUAAUUCUGAAUAAACGCCAGAUGAGUAAUCCCCACGAAAUGGACUUUAUGAUUCCGCUUUCUGACCCGCUACCUCCUCAGGUUGUUGUGAAAGUCGUUUCUGACAUAUGGAUCGGGAGCGAGUCCACACAAGUCAUCUCUUUCCAGCAUCUUAUCAGGCCGCAUAACGAAACUUUGCAAACUAAAUUACAGAGACUAAGACCACUGCCAACUUCGGCAAUGAAGAACCCAUUGCUAGAACAAAUUUAUCCAUUCAGAUACUUCAAUCCCAUGCAGACAAUGAUUUUCCACACACUUUACAACACCAAUGAAAGCGUCUUUGUUGGGUCUCCCACCGGUUCCGGUAAGACAGUAGUUGCAGAGCUAGCGAUGUGGCACGCCUUCAAAGAAUAUCCCGGAAGCAAAAUUGUAUAUAUUGCUCCAAUGAAAGCUUUGGUUAGAGAACGUGUCACCGAUUGGAGGAAGCGUGUAACGCCAGUCACAGGAGACAAAGUUAUAGAAUUGACUGGUGACUCUUUGCCUGAUCCUAGAGAUGUGAAAGACGCUACAAUCAUAAUCACCACUCCCGAAAAAUUUGACGGUAUAUCACGUAAUUGGCAAACACGUAAAUUUGUUCAAGAAGUGUCAUUGAUCAUCAUGGAUGAAAUUCACCUUUUGGCAAGUGAUCGCGGUCCUAUCUUAGAGAUGAUCGUUAGCCGUAUGAAUUAUGUGGCAUCCCAAACAAAGCGCCCUGUUCGAUUACUUGGUAUGUCAACAGCCGUUUCAAACGCCUACGAUAUGGGUGGAUGGUUAGGCGUGAAAGACAAUGGCCUAUACAAUUUCUCCUCAAGUGUCCGUCCUGUUCCUUUGAAAAUGUACAUUGAUGGGUUUCCUGACAACCUUGCCUUCUGCCCGCUAAUGAAAACGAUGAACAAACCAGCGUUCAUGGCGAUCAAGCAGCAUUCACCUGACAAGCCCGUCUUGAUCUUUGUCGCUUCUCGUCGGCAAACAAGAUUGACAGCUCUUGAUUUGAUCCAUCUUUGCGGAAUGGAAAGUAAUCCUAGAAGAUUUUUGAAUAUUGACGACGAGGGUGAGCUCCAAUAUUACUUGUCACAGGUUUCCGACGAGACGCUUAAGCUCUCUUUGCAAUUUGGGAUUGGUUUGCAUCAUGCUGGUCUUGUGGAGAAAGAUCGUUAUAUUUCUCACGAGCUCUUUCAAAAAAAUAAGAUUCAAGUCUUAGUAGCAACUUCUACAUUGGCUUGGGGUGUGAAUUUGCCUGCUCAUUUGGUGAUUAUAAAGGGAACUCAAUUUUUCGAUGCCAAAAUAGAGGGCUACCGUGAUAUGGACCUGACUGACAUCUUACAGAUGAUGGGGAGAGCAGGUAGACCUGCUUUUGACACAUCAGGAACUGCCAUUGUUUACACAAAGCAAGCAAAGAAAAUGUUCUACAAGCAUUUUCUGAACAUUGGUUUCCCCGUCGAAUCGUCACUACACAAGGUUUUGGAUGAUCACUUGGGUGCAGAAAUUGCGUCUGGAUCCAUUGCCAACAAACAGGAAGCCAUGGACUUUUUAAGCUGGACCUUUUUGUUUAGAAGAGCCCACCAUAACCCGACUUAUUACGGGAUUAUGGAAGACACAAGCGCCGCAGGGAUCAAUAAGCAUUUGAGCAACUUAAUAGACGACACUCUAAAGAAUCUAGAGGAAUCAAGCUGUGUUGCUUUGAGGGGUAACGAAAUAGAAGCAUUACCUUUCUUGAGCAUCUCCUCGUACUACUACAUUUCACACAAGACAAUUCGUCAAUUACUGAAACACAUCAAAAACACGGCUUCAUUCCAGGAGGUUCUAAAAUGGCUAUCGCUAGCUUUUGAAUUCAAUGAGCUUCCUGUGAGAAAUGGAGAAAUCAUCAUGAAUGUUGAAAUGUCAGCACAGUCGCGUUAUUCUGUGGAGAGCACCUUUGUCGGCGAAGAUGAGCUUCCUAUGUGGGAUCCACAUGUCAAAGCAUUCCUCUUACUUCAAGCCUACUUCAGUCGUGUGGACCUUCCUAUUGCGGACUAUCAUCAAGAUACCAUUUCUGUAUUGGAUCAGGCGUUGCGUAUUUUGCAAGCUUACGCUGACGUAGCAGGCGAGCUUGGCUACUACAGUACGGUUCUUACAAUCAUAAAGGCGAUGCAAUGCGUGAAGCAAGGCUGCUGGUAUGAAGACGAUCCCGUUAGUUUGCUGCCUGGAGUUGGACUCAAAAGAAUUACUGAUUGUGAGUUCUCUGAAACAGGAUUUCCCCUUGAGAAAUCCCAUUCCAUGAAUCUCGAUAAGAUUGGAAGGCUCAAGUUCAAGCAGUUAGAGCAAGUGGCCAGGAAGCUCAAUGUCGAAAAAGAGAAAAUUAAAGACUUUAUUGGGGAGUGUCAAAAAUUGCCAGUUUUGGAUAAUAUUAGAGUUGAACCUCAGAGUGAUCCUAACGAGCUUGUUAUUACUGCGGUACACGCAAACCCCCGGCACAACAGAAAUUUUGAAGUCUACUGUGAGAGGUUCCCCAAGACGCAGAAGGAAUUGUGGUUUGUAAUUGGGUAUCAGGGAGAAGAAUUAAUGAUGGUCAAAAGAUUCCAGCCUCGUAGGAAGAACAAUGGUGUCGCCAUCAGUGGCGAGUUCGUGGUAGCUGAAGAGCUACAUGGACAGACCUUGAGGUUUACCAUUAUCAAUGACGCUCUCGACAUCAAGUACGAUUUCGAGCACACAUUGGCGCGCUAA